UCAGGUUCAGCUGUUCUGGCUCUUCUGUUAGCUGGCUAUCUAGCACAGCAAUACUUACCAAUGCCUGCACCGAAAGUAAUCGGGAUUGAUCUUGGCACAACUUACUGCUCUGUUGGUGUCUUUCUUCCUGGAACGGGGCAGGUGAAGGUUAUUGCAGACGAAAAUGGGCACAACAGCAUUCCAAGUAUAGUCUCUUUCACGGACACAGACGUGUAUGUAGGAUACGAUGGCCUAGAGCUGGCUGACUCAAAUCCUCAGAACACCAUAUAUGAUGCAAAAAGAUUCAUUGGGAAAAUCUUCAGUUUGGAAGAACUGAAAAGUGAAAGUAGCAGGUAUCCCUUUAAGAUUUUCAACAACAAUGGAUCAGCUGAAUUUUCUUUGACAACUAAUGAAACCUUUCGCGUCACUCCAGAGUAUAUCGGCUCUCAGCUGCUGCUGAAAUUGAAGAGAAUGGCAGAAGACUAUAUUGGCAUGCCUGUUUCGAAGGCGGUCAUCUCUGUGCCAGCAGAGUUUGAUGAAAGGCAACGGAAUUCUACCAUUAAGGCAGCUAACAUUGCAGGGCUAAAAAUUUUGCGAGUCAUCAAUGAACCCACAGCUGCAGCUAUGGCUUAUGGACUCCACAAUGCUGAUGUGUUUAAUGUUCUGGUGGUGGAUUUGGGUGGAGGAACUUUGGAUGUGUCUCUGUUGAACAAGCAGGGAGGGAUGUUCCUCACACGAGCCAUGGCAGGUAACAACAAACUUGGAGGACAGGAUUUUAAUCAAAGAUUGAUGCUGUAUUUAUACAAUCAGCUCCAUCAAAUGUAUGGUUCUCUGCCAGCAAGAAAAGAAGAAAUACAUCGCCUCAGACAGGCCGUGGAAGCAGUUAAGUUAAACCUAACUGUUCAUGAGACAGCUACACUAAGGGUGUUGUUGACUAUGCCAGAAAGGAAGCCUACGAAAGAACUUCCAGUUAGUGAGGUAAAACCAAACACUGUGCUAAAAGACGAGCCUUCACAAAGAACAGAAGACCUGAAAAAUCCUGGAGACUCUUCAAAAGUAGAGAACAACUUUGUCAAAGUUGUGUUUGAAACAGAAAUCUCUAGGAAGCUGUUUGAGACGUUAAAUGAGGACCUUUUUGAGAAGAUUCUUGUGCCCAUUGAACAAGUAUUGAAGGAUGGCCACCUCCAGAAAGCAGAAGUGGAUGAAAUUGUGUUAGUGGGAGGCUCCACCCGGAUUCCUCAGAUACGCAAAGUUAUUCAGGAUUUCUUUGGAAAGGAACCUAACACCUCUGUAGAUCCUGACCUAGCAGUUGUAACGGGAGUGGCUAUCCAAGCAGGAAUUGUUGGUGGCUCCUGGCCACUUCAAGUCAGUGCUAUAGAAAUUCCUAAUAAGCAUUUACGGAAGACUAAUUUUAACUGAAAAGAAACUCUUGCCCAUUGCAUCCCACCACUCCAAAAGGGUACUCUGAUGGUGCAUACAUACCUGACUGGUGGUAGAGCCUAAUCUUAGCCGUGUUACAUU